AUGUCUCUGUCUAAGACUACUGCUUUCAAGCUGCUCGAUCUUCCCUACGUUUCACUUCGAAAGGUUUUCAGAAAAUUCAGAGUUCAAGACAUGUAAGUUUUAUCGUUCACAUUGAGAAGGGUUCAACAAGAACGUCUAAAUUUUGCAGCCUCACCUUGUCCGCUUCAUCUCUGAGCGUCUCCCGACUCUUGCAACUCUCCAAUCUGAACCCGACUUCUCUCCGUAUCGUCUGCAACCCCGAGUAUACUGUUAUCACCACCAACAAAGAGUCCGAUGGGCACAUCUAUGUUCAAAACGAGGGCAUUCAAGUGCUGGCCUUGCCUUCACCCUCAAUGUUCGAACAAGUCAUAGGCGACCACGCGGUUUCUGUUGAGUAAGUUUAAUUGCACUCCUGAAAAAUGUCAUGAUCAUUUAUAUUUUUUUUUCAGAAAAAGCGCCAUAUUUGACGUGCCGAUCACCGCCAUCACCACCUCCGACCACCUCAGCACGACAUCCGCCCUCGUUGCUCUUUUGCGGUCGUACCUCGGUGUCUCCAUUCAGCAGUUGCGCAUCGAAAACUUCAAUUAUCAGUCAUUUGCUGAGUUCUUGGACUGGCCUCUCAUUUCCGUCGCCGAGAGUAUUGAAAUUGAGGGAGAGGAGGUUGAAGACGUGCAUCUUCCGGUCCUUCUCAGGCAGUUCGGAGCUCAUCAGACGGUCAGUCUUCAAUUCAGAUGUUUCGACGUGCUGGCCGUCGAAUCUGCUCUAAAAAUUGAAAAGUUGACUAUCAAGGAGCACUGCUGGUUUACCAGAGAACUCCUACUGGCGACUAACUUCUCUUAUCUGGAAGCGGAGUGUUCUCUUCUGACUGGACUUGAUAUCAAUGCGUUCGUGAGACAGUACAUCAAUGAGCCCGGACACGACUUGAAAUAUCUGAAGAUGCGAAUCAUGAAUGUUGAUGGACUAUUCGAUGGACUUCCCGGAACGCGCCAGCAUAUGAAUCAGAAAGUGCUGAUGUCGGACGGAGAAACAGUGCACAUCUUCAGUUUGUUGGAAGUCAUUGCAGAGGACGGAGUCAAGAUCAGCAUCGCCAUGGGAACUGAAAAAAUGAUCUACGUUUUUGUCUGA